AUGGCAUCUCUCAUCGAUGCGGAUGAUAUUUGUCAUGAUUUUGCCUUUGGCCUAUGGAGAUUGUGGAAAAACAGGAACGAUGUGGUUUUUAAAGGGAUCUAUCGUCAGCCUCUGGAUAUCUUGGAGGCCUGGAAAAAGAGCACAGGUGAGUACAAGGCCAGUCUGGCUCCGGAUCAAGAAGAUCACAGCUUGAGGAUGCCGAAGUCUAUCAAGGUCAGUGAUCGUAUGUGUACCAAGUGGAAGAGACCAAGGUUCAGAACUAUUAAGAUAAAUACUGAUGCGGCUUGGUGUAAAGAUACUCUGCGUAUGGGGGUGGGCUGGCUGGGGCGGGAUUUUGCUGGUUUGCUCCAAGCUGCUGGCGGGUCUGGGACUGGAUUCAGCCACAGUGCAGCUGCUGCUGAAGCUUCUGCCAUCAGGUUUGCCUUAUUGUCUUGUAUAGACCAUGGGUUUGAUGACAUUAUUAUUGAAUCUGACGCAAGUACGAUUAUUUUGAUGCUGAAGAAAGAAAUCUUGGUUGAUUUUAGUAUCGAAUGCAUUCUUGAUGACAUUGAGGUUCUAGCGCAAAAGCUGAGGUCUGUCUCUUUUGCUUUUGUGCCUAGAGAGGGCAACCGUGCUGCUCACUCGGUGGCUAAGUAUGUAUUCAAGGAGGGACGUUCUUUCUCUUGGGAUUGUAUUGGCCCUGAGUUUCUGUUUAAUUUCCUUGUUGCUAAGGAUGUAAACCUUUCUAUUCGUCUUUAA